AUGACAACACCGUCAGCUGAUGAAGCAGAAGCAGAAUCUCAGACAUCCCCGGCGGAUUUGUCUAUUUCGCUUUCAUCAUCCUUUGCACUGCUUUACUAUCUCUUCUACCUCAAUGUGCUUUACGGCAUCUCGCGCGCCCUGCAACUCUUCAAAGCAGAAAACGCAACCUCGCCUUCUCUGGACGAAGCAAUCAAGUGCAAGGAAGCGCGGGUUCUCGCCAUUCUCACCCAGAUCGCCCCCCAUCGAAUCUACCGCUCACCUGUGCCCAGCAGUGUAUUCACGUAUGAGUACUCCACCACGCAUAGAGUCACGGCGGGACAUCUGCCGGCUCAUGUUGGGCUCGAUGGAGAAUACAACUCUACACCCAGAUCGGCAGGGAUGAGGAAGCCAUUACCAACUUAUUUCAAUGGAGCGACCCGGAGCAACUUGCCCAGCAUUUUGAUCACUCCAGAAGGUCCAGUUGAGUACCAUGGCCAUGUUGCAACCGCUCGAAGUCCUUUGAGGUCAGACACAUUCAUUCCACCUAAUGGAGCUUCCAGCUCGGUGCCACGUCCCAGCUUCACCGUUGGGAGUUGGAGAGAUCAUCGCGUUCUUUUCACCGAGCCGGUUGUCUCUGAGAGAAGGUCUCUGUGCGAGGAGCGGGAGCAACGCCCAAGCCUUGAUGUGGUGCGCAAAAGCUGCCUUCACCAUACCCACCCACUCAAGUCGGGCCUCAAAUCCAUCUCGGACUCAACAGACAAUCAGCAGGAGACAAUGAGUGCUGGACCCCGACUCCCCUUCAAUUCUACCAGUGAAUCCACUGCCUUGAGUAUGUCGUCCAACCGCGCAAUCAGGACUCGCUCAGUCGAAAGCUAUCCCGGAAGAUUCCCAGUCAGUGAAGGCUUGGAGUUUAGCUCAUUGGCCUCAGCCGCUUCAGCAUUUCGAGAGAAGGGAACCACCCACGCCCGACCCUUUUCUGAUUAUUGA